GUUUGUAUGUGUUCUCGCCUGACCACGCACGUGUCUAGUCCUGAGGUACAUUGGUGAUGUCGUGAACAUCGUUCUCUAAAGGAGCUGUGCAUAUUGCGCGAGUAACGUACAUGUAUCUCACGUGCGCCCUAUACCUGAGUGAGAUGUGUCAUGGUAGUAUUUGAUACACACCCGUAAUUUGAAGGUGAGCGGCCAGUAAGCGGACGACAGGGACACAAUGAAGAUGGACUUCACUUGGACUGUUUCAUUGUUAUGUAGCUGUGCAUGUUUUUUGACAGGCACUUCCGUUUCAUCGAUAUCACGUCAGGUUAAAUUAGACCGGUUAUCCGAAUUGGCCCAGCAUCUUCAGUAUCGACUCAUAAAUCCUGGUAACUCGUCUACUUCUGCGUCAUCAACAAAACAGUCCUGGGUCCUCUGUCCAGUUCUAGAGAGACUGCUCGAGGAAUACAUGAGUGGAUUUCCGGAAGUGGAUAAGGCAAUAGAUUCCUUCCAGAUAUCCCACGCGGCUAUCAACACCACAUUGCAGAGAGUGGCGAAUGCAUUCUCCUUUUUACGGGACCCGAGAUUAACCGAGGACCUGCUGAUCAAUGAUUUGGGUCGAUUGAUCCUGGAUAAACGGGUUAAUUGUACCGUCACUAUGUAUGAGAAGGUGUUUAUAUAUGCAAUGAUGAAACAUUUGAAUGCGAUGAUGACUCGUAAUGAAGAGUCCAUGUUGAGUCAGGUGAUAAAAAUCAUUGUACAUCACUUCCCGAACAGACCGGAUAUGAUUUUCCUGUCACCUCAAAUCGUAUAUGCCGUACAUGAUAUCGUGUUCCAGGGGAUCAUUGACACACUCCGCCUGGCAGAGUUCCGAUAUUUGGACGGAUUUUUAUUCUUUGUCAGUGACCAAAUGCAUCACGCUUUUGAAGAGGAUGCAAAUCCUUCUUCUGAUGUUUUGUUUACGACCCUGUCUAACAUAUUGGAGGAAGAAAUACCCAUGUUCCCUAAGAUGUGGACGUGUACCUCACCCACGGACUUCCUUAUAAUCCAUGAGGCUGUUCUCGGGCAGUUCAGCGAUCAUUUCUUUAAGAUGCUGAAGACGGGCUACCUUCCUGCUAUUGUUGUGAGUGACAUCAACCUGUUGUUUCGACUACCCGAUCGCGGUCUCAUACAUCCAAUUAAUAUGGAUGACCCUCAAAUUGACUUGGUGAUGAAGGCGCUCGAGAAUAUUAUCUUGAACUACGCCAUUGACGCCAUGAACAAAACCGCGGCUUACGAGCAAUCUCUGACCACACAUGGACCGACACAGCCGCCACAGCCCCUGCUGGACACAUUAUCUCCAAGUGAACUAGCCGACACUUGGACAUUGUUUACACGAAUUUUUGGCCGAACACGAACACCAACAACAACAACAACACCAACAACAACAACACCAACACCAACACCAACAACACCAGUUCCGGCCAAUGUCAAUUUGACCGAUGUGCUUACCCAAGGGAAUCAAGAUCUCUCCAACCUUAGAAAUAUAAUGGCUGACCUAACGAAGAACAACUCAACUGAUCCUAACAUCAUCAUACAGCUGAAUGACACCUUAUCCAAUACAGAAAUCUUCCUCCAACGUCUGGCAAACCAGCUGCAGAAUAUGCCAUAGUGGAAAGACGAUGUCACUCUCUCAUUUACUUGUUAACUGUUUUGAAUGUUACGAUAAUAAACAAUCAAA